AUGAGUAGCAUCGGAUAUGACCCCUACUAUCCCACCUCGUCGUACAGACGCUGGUAUGUCGAGGCUCCCCCUCGUGUGGCGACCAGAGGGAGGACCCACUCCGUCUACAGCUCCCAUGCCUCCCCGGUGUCCUCCUCCCGUCUGCAGUACUCCUCUCCCGGCCGGGGGCAUCUCUCCUCCUCCUCGAUGGCCUCGUCCCUGGAGCUGGAGCUCAGCCAGGCGUCCCAGGUCAGCUCAGAUUUUCGUACCGUGCGCACCCAAGAGCGCGGCCAGCUGCAGGAGCUCAACGACCGCUUUGCCGGCUUCAUUGACCGAGUGCAUGACCUGGAGCAGCAGAACCGUGCUCUGGAAGCAGAGCUGCUGCUGCUGAGGCAGAGGCACUCUGAGCCGUCCCGCCUGAGAGCACUGUAUGAGCAGGAGGCCCGCUCCCUGAGAGCAGCUAUGGAUGAGGCCAGGGCAGAGCAGCAGGCUGUCCUGAGCCAGAGAGAGCGACUGGAGCAAACCCUGAGUGCCCUGCAGGGUCGAUAUGAGGAGGAGGUUCUGGCUCGUGAGGAGGCCGAGGGCAGGCUGAUGGAGACCCGACGUGAGGCCGACCAGGCUGCUUUAGCCAAGGCUGAGCUGGAGAAGAGCAUCGAAACUCUGCUGCAGGAGCUGGCCUUCCUCAAGAGAAUUCACGAAGGUGAGGUGGCCGAGCUGCAGUCCCAAGUCCAGCUGGGCGUCCAGGUGGCAGUCGAGUCUGAGGCGGCCGCUCCAGAUCUCUCCGGGGCUCUCCGGGAUAUCAGGUCCCAGUACGAGAGGCUGGCGGCGAGGAACAUGCAGGCAGCCGAGGAGUGGUUCAGAGGGAAGGUGGGCUCCCUGAGUGAAACUGUGGCCCAGCACAGUAACGCCGUGAAGAGCUCCAAGGACGAAGCAGGAGAGUACCGACGCCAGCUCCAGGCCCGGCUGCUGGAGAUCGAUGCCUGCAGAGGCCUCAACGGAUCCCUGGAGAGACAGCUGCACGAGAUGGAGGAGAAGCAGAGUGCUGAGAUAACUUCCAUGCAGGACACCAUUGGACAUUUGGAAGGCGAGCUGAGGGGCACCAAACAGGAAAUGGGCCGAUACCUGAAGGAUUACCAGGACCUUCUGAAUGUCAAGAUGGCGCUAGACAUCGAGAUCGCUGCGUACAGGAAGCUGCUGGAAGGUGAGGAGUCUCGCUUCAGUGGAGCAGUUGCCGGGGGUGUGUCCUCUUACUACGGCCACUCUCUGUCGGUGCCCUCCUACUCCCGGCCCCUCCUCUCCAGCAUGAGCUCCGGCCCCUCCUACCUGAUGACAUCACGCCUGCUCAGCUCCAGCUUCAGCACCACCGAGGGGAUCAUCUCCGCCAGCCAAGCCAAGCAAGCUGAGGCCAGCCCACCUGGAGAGGAGGAGGAAGAGGAGGAGGAGGCCACAGAGGAGGAGGUAAAGGAGGAAGAGGAGGCAGAGAAGGAAGAAGAAGGAGGAGAGGAGAAAGAUGAGGAAAAAGAAGAGGGAGGAGAGGAGGAAGGAGAUGAAAAGAAAGAAGAUGAGGAGGAGGAGGAAAAAGCCGACGGAGCCGAUGACAAAGAGCAGGAUGCAAAAGAAGAAGUGAAAGAAGACAAGGAAGAAGCAAAGAAGAGUGAAGAGAAAGAAGAGAAAGAAGAAAAAGAAGAGAAAUCCGAUGCCAAGAAGGAAGAGAAAGCAGCUGCUCCCAAAACAGACGACAAAGCUGAUGUCAAAAAAGAAAAAGUGGCAGAAGAAACAAGCACAAAGGAGAAGAAGUAAACCAGUAGUGUCAGUAAACCUCCAUCAGAACUGGCAACGUACGAAAACCACAGCUCGAUAACCAGGCCUCAGCGCUACCCUCUCAAACCGUCAUAUCUAAACACUCCAUUCAAAGCAGCAAAUCAAGGUUAUCUGCCUGCAAAUAUCCAGACUAGUCCAUUAAUGUCUGCGUGCACAUGUCCUGCA